AUGUCUUCCCAUACGCAUACGCAAGACCGUGCGCUGGAUCAGGAAGUCACGGAAAGGCGCUCAAGUGCACAGGUGGCGCCCUUGAACAUACAGAAAUCGCCCAACAAGUCACGAACCGCAGUCUUCGGCCACACCCGUCAGUCUUCGUCGAGAGGCAACCGGUCGAGCCGGUCGCACUCACAAACACAAAUCUCUCCACCAUUGACGCCUACGACAUCCAGCGAAGCAGCCCUUCGGCAUCAGCAACCCGCACAACCCGUGUUCCACAACUACCUGCGUGCCUUCUACCACUACAGCCCGACUUCGACGGUGUCUUCCUCGACCGACGAGUCCUCCAUCACCGUUGCAAUUAAGCAGGGUGAUGUCAUCUUGGUUCAUUCUGUGCAUCCCAAUGGAUGGGCAGAUGGAACCUUGUUGGCCUCUGGUGCCCGUGGAUGGCUUCCCACAAACUACUGCGAGCCUUAUGAUCACCCGACGAUUCACAACCUCUUGACAGCCUUGACCCAUUUGUGGGAUCUCGUUCGCGAUGGCGAGAAUGGAGAUCUGGCCGCUUUUACGAGGCAGGAUUAUGUCAGGGGUAUGAUUGCUGGUAUCCGGGUUUUCCUGGAAAGAACAGAGUGCCUAUCGCGAGAGUCGCGUCUGAUUGUCGAACACGUCGGGCUGCGGAGAAUGCGCAAAGGUCUGCUGGGAGACCUCUCGACUCUAGUGAAGACGGCCAAGAACCUGCAAGAAACGCUUCAAUCGAACGAAGCACCUAUGCCCGUGUUUGAGCACAUGGAUGAUCUCGUACUAAAGUCAUUUAAGCUUGUCACAAGAGCAGUCCGCUUCCUGGAUAUUUGGGCUACAGACGCCGUAUCCUUGUCCUUGUUUGAGCUAGGCGUUACCGACACGACUCGACCAAUGACGCCACCAGCUGACUCCGCCGAGGCUGCCGUGGAACCGCCAACAACGACAACAACACGUCAACAGGGGGAUGACGGACUGUCGACGAAUGACGCUGGAUCCCCAGUCACACAGGGACCCCUGCCUGGGCAAGAGGACUGGUACACCGCUACCCAUCAACCAAAUCGAAAUCUAAAUCGCCUUUCCGUGGCAUUCUCACUGCCCUCGGAGACGGACUGCUCACUACAGUCACCCACCAUCUUUUCGCAUCCCCAAAAACGAAUCUCAGUGACGCACCGACUGUCAUAUACGAGCAGGUCACAAAGUCUACAAAAGGGGAUUCUGGCUUCGGAACGGCUGAGCGCUGCACAAGAUUCAUUCUUGGGCAACAUCGGGUCGUUUAUCGGGUUGCACUUGCAAUCUCGUUCUUCAGAAGAGCUGGCCACCAUUACCCGGCAGUCAGUCGUUACCUGCCGCUCACUGCUAACGGUUGUGGAAGAAGUAUGGGAGCGAGACUCACGCAGAUCCCAGCCCCUGGCACAAGCGCGAGACGCCAUGUUCGAACGGCUCACGGAGCUGGUACAAGCCACCAAGGAUAUGUUUGAUGUGGUCGAUGCUGAAGUGGGUGGGGAUGUGGUGGAACCCGAAUCCGGGAAACAACUCGUAACCGCCGCCACCAGCUGCGUCCGCGCAGCCGGUGAUUGUGUUGCCAAGGCACGAGUUGUGAUUGAGAGGAUUGGAGAUUUUGAAUUCGAACAGGUCGGCUUGGGCUUCGCAGAUGAGGUUUACCAGCAACUCAACCCAGCAAGUCAGCAGGCAGAUGAGCGGCCUGCGUCACCAAGGCCUGCGGAGACGUUUAUGGAGACGAACAAGCCCCUUCCUCCACCGCCGACAGAGGAGCAUGACUGCCCGCCACCCCUCACCCUAUCAGACUCGAAGCCUCUGCCGGACGUACCGCAGCAGUCUUCGCCCGUGGAGGAGACCACAAUCAGCAUGCAGCCAACGCCUUCCGCUGUCAUUGUAGAAAGCCCGACAGCUGCAUCCUUCAGAUCCUCAAAGUCAUCGAUGCCGACGCUCCAUGCCGUGACCGCUCCGGUGCUUCCUCCGCCGACUGCGUCUGAGAUGCUGGACAGCCCCAUGAGCACGACCCACGAGAGCUUCGCUAGCUCUACCAAAACCGACAGUGUCAACGUUUCGGUGACCGACUCGAGCAGUAAUUACCAUUUCAGCAUGCGGGAGGGCACUGGCAGUGUCAUCUCGCAUACCUCGACGAGAGCUACUACCCCAGAGCACUCGCCUUCCAAGAAGCAAAGCUCGCAGACCUUGAUGAGCAGCUUUGGCAGCUCCUCUGAGCUGCAAUCGAUGGCGAGCGAGGACAUUGCAGCCGGCGAAGAACACCUGCUUGAGACAACCUAUGUGCAUGAGCUCAUAUACAACAAAGAUGGUCAGAUUUCUGGAGGCUCCUUGCCCGCUCUGGUCGAGCAGCUCACCACGCAUGAGUCUACCCCAGAUGUCGUCUUUGUUACCGCCUUCUAUCUUACCUUCCGCCUCUUCACUACUCCCCUUGAACUUACACAGACUCUGAUCGACAGGUUUGAUUACAUCGGUGACAGUCCAGCUGUGGGCGUCCCUGUUCGGCUUCGGGUCUACAAUGUCUUCAAAGGGUGGCUCGAGAGUCACUGGUCAGGCGAGAGCGACGCUGUCGCAUUGGGGCUCAUUCUCUCGUUCGCCACUGGGAGGUUGCGGACAGCUAUGCCAGCCGCUGGCAAACGCCUUGCGGAGCUCACUUCCAAGGUUACCGAAGUUCGCGCCGGCGCCCUUGUUCCCCGUCUGGUUUGCUCGAUUGGUAAAUCAGGGGCCUCGCAUUCAGUCUUCACUUCUGCAGACAACAACGUCCCAUCGCCGACAAUUACAAAGAGCCAGCUCAACGCUCUACGGGCCAGUAAAGAGGGCAAGGCGCAAUGCAGCAUUCUAGACUUUGAUCCUCUUGAACUAGCGCGACAAUUCACCAUUAUAGAAUCGCGACUGUUUUGCGCCAUCCAACCAGAAGAGCUUCUUGCCCUCGAAUGGACGAAGAAGUGUGAUUCCAAGGCACACAACGUCAAGGCCAUGUCCACCCUAUCAACUGACCUGGCCAAUCUCGUCGCGGACACGAUUCUUCAGCUCGAGGACGCAAAGAAGCGAGCAGUGAUUAUCAAACAGUGGAUCAAAGUUGCAGGAAAAUGCCUAGAGCUCCAUAAUUAUGAUUCACUGAUGGCCAUUAUCUGUUCACUCAACUCCUCCAUGGUAAUGCGCUUGAAAAGGACGUGGGAACUGGUGUCUGCAAAGACCAAGGCCCGUCUGGAAGAGCUCAAGGCCAUUACGGACGUUGGACGAAACUAUGCCGUCCUCCGCCAGCGGCUGCAAAACCACGUCGCUCCAUGCAUUCCGUUUGUGGGCAUCUACCUCACGGAUUUGACGUUUAUCGAUGUAGGCAAUGGCACCACACGUCAGCUUCCAGGAGACUCGGGUCGCGAGGCUGUAUCGGUCAUCAACUUUGACAAGCACAUGAAGACUGCCAAGAUCAUUGGCCAGUUACAGUCCUUCCAGGUGCCAUACCGUCUGGCUGCUAUCCCCGAGAUGCAGGACUGGAUGGAAUCCCAAAUUCAGAGAGUCCGAUGCAGCGAUCAGGCCAAUGUCACGAGUUAUUAUCGUCGAUCAUUACUUUUGGAACCCAGAGAACCCCAACACCCGACUCGAGGUUCACCAUCCAUCGACAACAGCGCACAAAGUACCUUUAGCAGUGCAGACAGUCGCAACAACUCCAAAGACAAGUUUGAUUUCCUGAGCUUCAACUUUACGACGAACAACGUCAAGGGAUCGUAA